AUGUACGGAGAUCGAAGAAAAACCGGAGGACCCACUUUCGGAGGGCCCCGAAUGUCAACAGCGAUCACUCCGACGAAAAGAUUCACUGAUUUUGGGACCUCAUCUUCAGUGAGAAAGUAAAUACACACUAAACUACAGCAAAAGCAAAUUUCUGUUUUCUUUUCUUUUCAGAGUCGAUGGCCGUCUGAGCAUGAGCCAAACAGGCGCGCGAUUGUCUUUAUUCCAAAAGAAUUCCGCCGCCGCUCCGAGAGAUGUAAAGCAGCUCGCCCCCGAAAACGUGAACAAAAUUUAUAACUUUUUAAUCGAAUUCGAAGGUCCGAAUGCGCCGGCGGAGAAGGAUAUUAGAUGUCCUGGCUCGAAGCAGCACUUCAUCAAUCUGUUUGAACUUAUUUACCAGCAUCUGAGCAAGGAUUACGAGUAUCCGACCUCUGCGCGUCUGGAAGAAGAAGUAUUUGAAACGACGGUUCAAAUGCAAAAAAGUUUUUUUUUCAGAUUUCUUCGAUUUUCAAAGGCCUUGGAUAUCCGCAUGCUUUGAAGAACAGUUACUUCGCGCCUAUGGGCUCUUCCCUCGGAUACCCACACGUUCUGGAAGCCCUUUCGUGGCUCAUCGAUCUUAUCAGAGUGGGGACUAUUUCCUUGGUUUUGAUAAAGAAAAUUAUGUUACAGUGCAACAUGGGAGUAAGCGCCCACACCGAUAACAUCAUACUUGAAGAUUUCAUGGAGCCGGCGAAAGUGCAGGAGAAACUGCUCUUGUACUCGUGGCUCACCACCACUUUCAGAGAGUACACAAACGACCGAAAGGCGGCCGAAACUAAAGAGGGACCGUUCUGGCAGGACACGCAAACGAAGCUGAGAAACUACUUUGAGAAUGCGGAUGAUUUCGAAGAUAUGGUCAGCCAGGCGAAGAAUCAGUUAGAACAGUUUCGGUUCGAGUGCGAAGAGAUUGAUGCAGACGUGAGGAAAUAAAUGUGAACGAGUAGAAAUUGUGAGGGAAUGUUUCAGAAAGGGAACGAGCAAGGACUGACUGAUGAAAUUAAUAAAAUCAAGGAGGAUAUCAUGAAAGCAAACGAUUACAAGACGAAUAUUGUACAAUGCCAGACGCACAAAGAGGAAGAGCUGAACAAAGUGAAGGAGGUGCUAACGGCGAGAACGGCCGAGAAUGCGAUGGUCCAGGCGGAAGUUAACGCUCUGAAAGAACUAAUCGACGUACAGAAACGGAAACACAAUUUGACGGGGAAGCAGGCCCGUCAGAUGAACGCUGAGAACGACCACGACAAGGAGAUCGUUCUGGAAAUUCAGGCUGAACUGGACCAGUUGUCGAAACAGAUGUGGCUCAUGAAGAACGAGGACACUUUCAAAGAGCAAAAGGCAGUCUUCGUGCAGUUCAUCGAAAGCAUCGAGAAGAUCAUUGCUGGAAUCGACGUGAAACUGGAGCCACUUCGUGCACCUGCCAAUGAACAGUAUUUCAACAGAUCUUGACAGCAUUUGACUGAUAAUUUUGCAGAGAUCUCAAAGCUGGCUGGGAAACUCUGAACAGUGUCUGGAUGCCGGAAGUCAACCGUCAAUUGAACCAGAAGAAACUGCAACUUCAGACUGAACUCUCUAGAUUCGGAGAUAAAUUCGCUGCGAUCGAGUACGUGAAUCGAUAGCCUCACAAUCAGUUCCAUUUUCAAAAUUGUUCAGGCAGCGGGUUCAGAUGGAAAAGGAAAUGCUCGGCGAGGCGAACAAAAAGGAAGCUCGGGAGGAACGUGUGCGCCGAAACGAACGAGAGGAGUGGAAGGAGGACAGAUUGCAAAGGGAGAAGCGAUACGACGAGAUGGAAAAUGAGAAGGAUGUGCUGAAGAAGCAGUUGCAGAUGGACGGAAGUCUGGACAAAGAGAUUCAGACGGAGAAGAGCAGAAUGAAGAAACUGGAGGAAGAUCUGCAGAGGAGCAAGGCGUCGUUUGAAGGCGCCAUUCGGAAGAAAGUUGAUCUCAUUCAUCAGGAAGCAGCUGACAUUGACGUAAACUAUUCGUUUUCUCACAGUUCAAUACAACAUAUUUAUUUCAGAACGAGAAGAUGCUCUUCCACGUAGAAUGCACCGAGUAUGAGAAGCAGAUUUUGAAGAAUCGCGACUGA